GUCUCUUAUUUCUGAAUCAAUUUUUUGUGUUUAACAGAUAUGCCUCCUUGCGAAGGCGGCUCCUAGUAGAUCCCCAUAUUCCGAAGGAAGGAAGUAAUUCCCCUGAUCUUACCAUGGAUAAUCCACUCUCACAAAAUCCAGACAGCACCUGGAGUCGCUUCUUUCAGAAUGCUGAGUUGGAGAAAAUGGUUGACCAGGAUUUAUCUCGAUUAUAUCCAGAACAAGGAAGCUACUUUCAGACACCUGGAUGCCAGGGGAUGUUAAGACGGAUUCUGUUGUUGUGGUGCCUUAGACACCCCGAGCAUGGUUACAGGCAAGGAAUGCAUGAACUCUUGGCUCCUUUGCUGUAUGUCCUUCAUGUUGAUAUUGAACGUCUCUAUGAAGUUCGAAAGCUUUAUGAUGAUCAAUUCACAGACAAAUUUGAUGGCUUAUCAUUUGAAGAAAACGAUAGUACAUACAAUUUUGAUUUCAAAAAGUUUUUAGAUUCUGUUGAAGAUGAGUGUGGUUCUCAAGGGAAUUCAAAAAAGGUUAGGAGCCUUAAUGAGCUUGAACCUGAGAUACAGAAUAUUAUAUUGCUUACUGAUGCCUAUGGAGCUGAAGGUGAACUUGGCAUUGUCUUAUCUGAGAAAUUUAUGGAACAUGAUGCCUAUUGUAUGUUUGAUGCUUUGAUGAUCGGGGCACAUGGUUCGGUUGCUAUGGUGGAUUUUUUUACCUCCUCUUUAGCUGGAUCCCACAGUGGCUUACCCCCUGUCAUUGAGGCCUCAGCUGCAUUAUAUCAUUUGUUGUAUGUUGUUGAUUCAUCAUUACACAGCCACCUCAUUGAGCUUGGUGUUGAACCCCAGUAUUUUGCACUUCGUUGGUUGAGGGUUUUAUUUGGACGAGAGUUUUCAAUUCAGGACCUCUUGAUAAUAUGGGAUGAAAUAUUUGCUGCAGACAAUAUUAAACUAGUUAAUGGUACCGAAGAUGAUUUAGGUUCCAGCUUUAUAAUACUUACUUCGCCUCGGGGAGCAUUGAUCUCAGCUAUGGCAGUUUCAAUGAUACUUUACAUUAGAUCUUCCUUGCUUGCUACUGAGAAUGCAACAUCCUGUCUCCAGAGACUCUUGAAUUUUCCUGAAAACAUAAAUCUAGGGAAAAUUAUAGAGAAGGCAAAGUCUCUUCAAAUUCGUGCAUUGGAUGCUAAUGUUAAUGUCUCACCCUCAUCUUUCUCAUUUGAUGGGGCAUAUAACCAUAGCAAAUCAGUAGUAGUAAGAAGUCAUAACCUUCCAUCUGACCCAGUUUCUCCAAAAACUCCUCUAAGUCUGGUAUCUGAUAGCUAUUGGGAAGAAAAGUGGAAAGUUGUGCAUGAGGCAGAAGAGCAAAGGCAAGGUAGUUCAGAGAAAAAAAAAUCAAGCCAGAGAAAACGGUGGUCAGAAAAAGUGCAAUUGCGCCUAUCUAAAGCAGAAUUUGACCCAUCUUUAUCAAGGGUUGAGAAUGGCAAAAGGGACCAUAAGUCAACCACUCGGCGAAGUUUGCUUGAAGAUCUGUCACGGCAACUUGGCCUGGACGAAUUAGGUGAAAAGUUUGGGUCUCAUGAAGCUUCUAGUGAGGAGGAUCAAAAUUCUGUAGAAGCUCAGGUAGAGGGGCAAAAUGGUGUUAACAAAGAGUUUACUUGCACAGUGGAAGAGAGAUGUCCAAGUGGAAAUAUUGUCAGUGAAGAAGACUCAUCUACAUUUUCUGACCCAACAAGCCCUGCUAAUGGCACUAAUGCCCGGGAAAAUGACUCGGAGAAGAGUAGCGUUGCAUCAAAUUUAUUCAUGGAUGAGAAUUAUGAUCAUUCAUACGAUAAUGCAGAAGAUUCACCUCUUCCAGUUUCCAUUCCUCCUGAUGGUGUCUCUCUAAGUUCUCCAUGCAACAAUGAUUCUCCAGGAAAAACAGAAGCAGAUUUGAAGGAUCAGAACCUUCAAUCAGGCAAAUUCCAUUUCCAGUGGUUUUGGAAGUUUGGACAAAGUUCAGUCGGUAAUGAGUUAUCUGAGAAAGGAGGAGGUACUCAUGAGGUUGUGGAAGCUGUAAAUGGUGAAAGUAAUAAAAGCACUAAAAUAGACUCUUCCUCUGCUAAUGUGUCUCGUAGUUCAUCUCCCAGCAGCAAAGGAGAUGCGGUGGACCAGAAUGUGAUGGGCACGUUGAACAAUAUUGGGCAGUCUAUGCUUGAGCAAAUUCAGGUUCUUGAGUUUGUCUUCCAGCAAGAUCGUGGUCAGGGCUCACUGGAGAACUUCUCUAAAAAUGUUCUAGUUGGCAAAGGACAGGUUACAGCCGUUUCAGCUUUAAAGGAGCUUCGGAAGAUCAGCAAUCUUUUAUCUGAGAUGUGAGGUUUGCUCCACUUAUUAUGUACACAUGUAUAUACCAUUUGUAAUUUAACAUUUUUUAAGUGCAAAAUAGAAUAAGUUUUUUCAU